ACUCACAUGCACAAAAUAAAACUGAGCAGCUUCAAGCUGAACUGCAAGACAGUGGAGAUCAGUGGAAACACCAGCACCAUGAGCACCGCAGGCAAAGUCAUCAAAUGUAAGGCCGCUGUUGCCUGGGAACCUAAUAAGCCCCUCAGCAUUGAAGAGGUUGAAGUAGCUCCACCAAAGGCUAAAGAAGUCAGAGUAAAGAUUAUCUCUUCUGGUGUUUGCGGAUCUGAUAACAGCGCACUUCAUGAAAUAAUACAAACCAAAUUUCCAGUAAUUUUGGGUCAUGAAGCCAUUGGAGUGGUUGAAAGUGUGGGUCAGGGGGUCACCAGAGUUAAACCAGGUGACAAAGUCAUCCCUUUAUUUGUCCCACGCUGUGAAUCAUGCAGAGGUUGCAAAACUCCAAACAGUAACCUGUGUGAAAAAUUUGAGUUUGGGUUUUCCACCCAAUCGGGACUGAUGGAAGAUGGUACAAGCAGGUUUACUUGUAAGGGCAAACCUAUUUAUCAUUACGCAGGCACAAGUACAUUUUCGGAAUACACUGUUGUGUCUGACAUUAACAUUGCCAAAGUGGAUACACAUGCCCCUAUCGAAGUUUGUCUCAUAGGCUGUGGAUUUGCAACUGGAUAUGGUGCAGCUAUAAACACUGGUCCGGUGACAAAGGGUUCUACCUGUGCUGUAUUUGGCCUGGGAGGUGUUGGUUUCUCAGCAAUAGCCGGAUGUAAAGAUGCAGGAGCUAAACGAAUCAUUGGAGUUGGUUCACAUAAAGAAAAGUUUCCUAAAGCCAUACAACUGGGAGCCACUGAAUGCAUAAGUCCAAAGGAUUAUGAUAAACCCAUUCAUGAGGUCAUCUGUGAGAUGACUAAUGGAGGAGUGGAUUUUGCCAUUGAAUGUGCAGGACGCACUGAAACCAUGAUGACUGCUCUACAAAGUACUUACUGUGCCAAUGGAGUUGCUGUACUGUUGGGAGUGGCAUCUCCAAAGGAUGUCCUUCCUUUACAUCCAGGUUUGCUUCUCUGUGGGCGUUCACUGAAAGGAUCUAUAUUUGGAGGCUACAAGCGGGAUGAUGUCCCACAACUGGUUAAAGAUUAUAUGGAUAAAAAGAUCAAUCUGGACCAUCUGAUUAGCAAGAAGUUAAAACUGGAUCAAAUCAAUGAAGCAUUUGAGCUGAUAAACAAGGGAGGAGGGGUUCGUAGUAUUUUGAUAUACUAAUCAUUCUGCAGGCUGAUCUAUGGACGAUGGUCUUUAGAUGAUCUUCCAGCUCCUCUUUAAUGAUAGUCGUGCUAUUUUGAAUCUGGACAUGCAUUGUUAAAUCUAGUGUAUCAUGUUUUCUGUACAUGGUGGUAGAAUUGGAUUAUGUUUUCAUUCAUCUGCUAUACUAAAAUGUUCAA